AGAGGCAAUGGGUGACGUCACAGUAGCUUUGUCCAUAUUUUUACAGUCUCUGGAUUGGAUAUACCGUCUUCUUGUUUUACAGUGUGUGGUGUACAGCUUAUUGGUGAAUUACCGCCACCUUCUGCUCCGGAGUGUGUAUCAGACAAUAGAUUUACUCAAAAAUCGCUUCACCCUAAGCUAUAUUUCAUCCUCCAUGCUUUACACCGAGUCCUACUAUAAAAUCCCUAUCCAUGUCAGCCACCCAAGAACCCUAUACCUGCUUAUCCAUCAUAUCCUAUAUUAAAAAAAUAAAUAAAUAAAAUAAUAAUGAUAAUAAUAAACCCUGCAUUGGACAUAACGUGUUAAUGGUCCAAGCGUAAACGCGCAGACGGAUAGAUAUUUUACUGUAAGCCAAAACGUCAUUUACAAACGUUCUGACAACCUACCAGUAACGUUUCAAAUUAAGUAAGGAUGAGGACUGUGAUGUAACGUAAUUGUUACAUUAUUAAAUUACAUCGUAUUUACGUAAUUGUAUAACGUUACAGCAACGUUGCAGAACAGUCUCCAUGAGGACUGGUUAUUUUGCGACCAUAGAGAAAUGUUGUCACAACGUCACCUGUUGGUAAUGUUGCGACUUACCAAAUUACGACCAAAGUGUAACGUUGUCAUUACGUAGUGUGUUUGUAGGGGUGUAUAUUUAUUCAUAUUUCAUUUUCUUUAGGCCUAUUGGAUUGAUAGAAUGACUUUCUGUACAAAAAAUUGUAUGUCUGGGCUAAAAUGCCAAAUAACUAUUACAUACAUAAUUCAUUUCAACAUUAAAUAGUCUUGACUUCUUUGUCCAAUGUUUUGUUUACCACGAUGAUCAGGUAAGAAUUGCUCAUGCUGAAGAGCAUAUUUAAUUUAACUGUGCAAGUUCUGUCAUGGUUAAAAUGAAGGGGCCAGCUUUCAGUUCUCAACCUCAGCACCGGAUGUAAUGUCGCCCCCUGCUGAUAUCUAUGAUUUUCGCUCAAAAAGCAAGUUUCCCCAGGGAGCUCCAUUUAUUUUUGACAGCAAAAAUAAAAUACUGUCACUCAAAUAUUGAUGUUAACUCAGUGUAUUAUAUUAGGAAGGAAAAUAACUUAUUUUUCCGGGGUAAAAUAUUUUUCCUACCACACGUAUGAAUUUUUUUCUUUUAUUAUUACCGGCAGAUCCACGCCUCCUAUGACGUUGUUCUGCUGGCGUAGUAUGAGGCUUUGAUUCAAUCCCUGGGAAGCGAGUGCCAGGAUCAGCAGCAGGAGAACUAGCUGGCGAGCAGCCUAAGAUGGUUGGAGGGCAAUACGGGGCUUGCAGGGGUGGAGGACAGAACAGGGUUGGCAGAAAGUCUGGGAAGAUCUAAAAUAUGAAAUGAUAGUGAAGACAGGAAGUGUGGCUUUAAGUUGGAGGUGGUGACUGCCCACCAGCUGACUGAGCUAGAGGAGAAUCUACAGAAGCAGCUUGCCCAUGUGGAGAAAAGGCUGCAGGAACAGCACAGGGUAUGUGCAGUGAUUGCUGUGAUGGACGAGAAGCAUGAGAGUGAGGUCGCAGAGCUGCAGGACACCGUGGAAAGACUUCAAAUGAACCAAGAAGCCUGGCACACAAACUCCAGAGUGGAUGUCUGCUAUCUGAAAAGCCAAAUCCAAGAGAUGACACUAGAAAGUGAUGAGCUGAGGCGAUCACUCCUCAGGGCUCAGGGGAAUAUCAGUGUUCUGCAGACAGAGGUGGAGAGACUGAAUGGUGAAAGUGUGAACAAAUGCAUGGACGAGAAGAGUAAUUUGGGGCUGGAGUGCGACGGGGAACCAGGCAUGCUGACAGAGUGCCAGUCCUAUUCCAGUCGAAUACAGGUCCUUCAAGAGAUGAAUAAGCAGCUGCAUGACCGCAACGAUGGGCUUCACUCUGCCCUGGUCCGGACCAGGUCAGGAAAAUGGAGGAUCAUUCCAAAUGAUGCAGAUCUCCUUUGGAAGUUGAAGCCUAUUCGACAGAGUACUCUGAACUACAGCAGCCUGCCUGUUGAGUGUGGUACAUCGUACCUGGACAGCGGCCUAUCCCUGACGGCAGACACAGAUGCUACUGGCAGCUCCAGCAGUGAGUACGACAGCGAAGAUGACAGCCAGGUCUCCACAGAGACAGCCCUCCACAGCUGUGUCUCCUCAGAUGUUGAGGCGUCAGAUCUGAGGUUGGAGGGUGCGGUUUCCAUGGUUCCCAGCACAUGCAGCUCUGUCUCAACCACUCGCAGACGCCUCUCAGCCUUUUGCUGUAAGGAGGCAGAUUCAUUUGUGUCUGAGCCCAAGGAGGGUGUACCCAUAUACAGGCUGGUUCUGGCAGGAGACUCUGGUUCAGGGAAGUCCAGUUUCCUCUUACGGCUGAGCCUAAAUGAUUUCAGGACGGACAUGCAGACCACUCUGGGAGUAGAUUUCCAUACAAAGACUAUGUUGGUUGAUGGAGACAGGACUGACCUGCAGAUUUGGGACACUGCAGGACAAGAGAGAUUUCGCAGUAUCACCAGGUCAUACUUCCGCAAAGCACAGGGUGUGCUACUGCUAUAUGACGUCACCUCUGAGAGGAGCUUCCUCAGUGUGCAAGACUGGAUGGACCAAAUACAGGAGUGUGCAGAGGAGCGUAUCCCCAUGUGUUUGAUUGGGAACAAGACGGACCUGCGAGCAGGGCUACCGGAAGGCAGCUGUGUAAGCCCUGCUCAUGGAGAGAGGUUGGCUAUGGUGAGCUGCCCCUUUUCUAAUAUCAGGAUGUACAAUGCCUUGUUCUGUGAGACCAGCGCUAAAGAGGGAACCAACAUUGUUGAAGCUGUCCUUCAUCUCGCCAGUGAACCUGGGGUUUUAAAAGCGGAGACCGGGAGUCUUCAAGAGAGAAGCUGCCGGCGGAGAAACAACCUGCAUGUGUUCGUUAUAAAAGAAAAUAAAAACAGAAAACAGAAAAAAAAAAAAAACCGUGUCUUGUGUUCAUGUAACAAAAAGCCAGGUCGGCUGAAAUAAAAGAGCACGUGAGUGCGGAAAGAA